AUGGAACCGGAGAUGAUCGAGAAGGCAGGCCUGCGGAUAGCCGUUCAGGGCUGUGGACACGGCACUCUUCACGAGAUAUAUGCGUCCAUCGCAAAGACAUGUGAAAUCAAGGGCUACGACGGCGUUGACCUGUUGAUCAUCGGCGGAGACUUUCAGGUACCUCAGUCAAUAUCAAAGAUCACGUGCAUCAUUAUGAACAUCUUCCAGGCAGUGCGCAAUGCAUACGAUCUGAACUGUAUGGCUGUACCGGUCAAGUACCGCCAGAUUGGAGACUUUCAUGAAUACUACUCGGGCGCCCGAACAGUCCCAUAUCUCACGAUCUUCGUUGGCGGCAACCACGAGGCGAGCAAUCACUUAUGGGAGCUUUACUAUGGCGGAUGGGCCGCGCCAGGUAUCUACUACAUGGGAGCCGCGAACGUUGUCCGACUCGGUCCCCUCCGCAUCGCUGGACUCUCCGGAAUCUGGAACGGUAGAGACUAUAAGAAACCUCAUUUCGAACGGUUGCCAUACAACUCGAGCGACGUCAGGAGUAUCUAUCAUGUUCGCGAACUGGAUACGAGGAAGCUGCUGCAGAUUCGAACUCAGGUCGACAUAGGUAUCAGCCAUGACUGGCCUCGCGGUGUGGAAUGGCAAGGCGACCUAAGGGGUCUGCUCAGAGUGAAGCCUUAUCUGGAGGAGGACCUAAAUAACGGGCGCCUCAACAGCGUAGCAGCAAAACUUGCCCUUGACAGGCUGAGGCCGGCAUACUGGUUCAGUGCACAUCACCAUGUCAAGUUCGCCGCAACCAUCAAUCAUUCGAAAGAAGAGAACGGGUCGGACGGUCAGAAACAAGCAGUGAAUCAGGCACAGCCUAUGUCCAAUGAACAGCAAGCUACCGCAACAAAGAACGAGGAAGAGAUCGAUCUUGACCUAGAUGAAGGUGUUCCCGUCGCUACGCAGGCCGCACCUUCAGAACCGCCGAAGUUGUCGAAUGCGGAUGAAAUUGAUCUCGGCCUGGAUGAUGAAGACGAAAGACCGGCACAAACACAUGAUGAUACACCCACUGUGCCAGAAGACCUUCGAGCGCAGCUACCUGCGGCAUUCUCCAGACCUCCAGCCAACACUAGCACAGAGGGAUUCCUCCCACCUCCCGACAUCACAAACAAGCUCACGCGCUUCCUCGCGCUCGACAAGUGUGGCGCAAACCGCAGCUUCCUCCAAAUCCUCGGCGUCGAGCCCGUAAGCCAGCCCUCAGCACCGGCACAUCAGCAGAAGUCUUUCCAUCUCGAAUACGACAAGGAAUGGCUCGCUAUCCUCCGCGUCUUCGCCGCCGACCUCACCCUCGGCGACCCCUCGGCACAAAUCCCCCAGGACCAGGGCUCAGCGCACUAUCUACCUCGCAUCGAAACCGAGGAGGCCUGGGUCGAAGCCAACGUCGUCCAGCCGGGCAAGAUGAUCAUACCCGAAAACUUCGAGCUUACCGCGCCCGUAUAUGACCCGGCGAUGGGCAUCAACGUACAAGGCCAGCCGCGAGAAUACAGAAAUCCGCAGACAAGGGCAUUCUGCGAGAUGCUACAGAUCCCGAACCCAUUCCACGCAACCGAGGAGGAAGUUCAAGCGAGGAUGCAAGCUGGCCCUCGACCGGACGAUCCUAGGUUCGAAGGCGGUCACCGGGGCAGAGGAGGUUUCGGUGGUGGUCGGGGCUGGGCUCGCGGCCGAGGCGGAAAUAGAGGCGGGACCAGGGGCGGACAGGGGCGGGCACGGCAGCGGUAG